AUGCAGGGGGAAAAAAAAUUGCCAGAUGAGAAGAUACCACAUCAGAAUUCUUCAUUUUUAAGCCUGCAGAGUAGUAUGAUUUCCCAGAAAAAAAAUGCAGUGGCUCAGCAAAUAUCAUCAGCAAAACUUCACAAAAUUAAAGAGCUGAAGAAUGAAAUAUUUGAUUUACAGCAGAAAUUAGAAGCAGCAAGCUUAGAAAACCAUGUUUUGAAACAGCUUCAGUGUCAACACUCGAAAGCAAUAAGUAGAUAUGAAAAUCCAAAACGUAACUUGCCAGAUCUUUUAGCAAGUCAUUGUAAUGAGGUGAGAACUUUAAGGAAACUGGUGAGGAUGUCUCAGAAGGAUGAGAGAAAUACAUCCAGGAAGCUCAGAGAAGUUGAAGCAGAGCUACUAAAAGCUAAAGAUGCUUUGCAGACCUUGCACAUGCUUUCAGAAGACAAAGCGCUUGCAAAGAAAGAGGAACUUGAUCACAGAUUAUCAGCUCUUACAGAAAAAAUGGCAGUGAAUGAUAAGAGAAUACAGAGCCUAGAAAAGCAGCUGAAGUUGAACAAUAGCACCUUUAGUCGCCAGCUGGCAAAUGAGAACAAAAAAGCUGUGGAAGCUGGGAUAAUUAAAAAGACCUUGCAAAUGGAAAUUAACUGUCUUCACCAAAAAAUCAAGGAAAAGGAUCGUCAACUUUAUGUAAAAAAUAUCUAUGCAAAUCGGAUGCCUAAAAUCCUAAAAGACAAAAGUGAUUCAGUACUUCAUGAAAAAAGUCUUAGUAUAAACAGAUCAGUACAAGUAGAUAAACAGAGUUUUAGAUCAUGGCUGCUGUCACAGUACCAAACUCAGGAAACAGAAAAAAGUCCAGUUCAGCUAACAAAGGAAGAAAAGUCUUCAGAAGAUAAGAAUCCAAAAGCUAAAGCAAAUGAAACAUGCACAGGUAUCCAAUGUAGAACAGAAAAGCCAUCAACCAAGAAAAUACCAAAGCCUGAAUAUUUUAAUAGAGCACAUGGAGAGUAUUCAAGGGAGGACAGAGUACUGACAGAAGAAUAUACUUGUUUGGAAUCUAUGGAAGAAGAAAACCAGACAGAUUUGCUUAAACAGAAGCUGAAAAAACUGAUGAAAACUGAACAAACUCCUCUGAGUGGCAGUGUAAAAGAGAACAAUCGAGAGGAAGAUGCUGUGGAAGAAUAUGAAAAAGAAGAAGGGAAAAAGCCAGAUGAACAGCUAAAUAACAGUGAGAAGGCAGGGAGUAAAUGUGUAACUCCAGGUCCAAGAAACAAAACAUCCAUUAGGCUGAAAAAGAAAUACAUAUUCUCAGAAGCCACUGAGAAUUUGCAUCGUGGCCUUCUUACAUCAGGCACAGCAUCAAAAAAAGGCAGUCUUUGCAACCACAGACAUGCAGGUCAGGGCUGCAGUGGAACAGCUGAAUCAAAAGUGCAAAAUUCCUUUGGGCGAUAUGAACCAUCUUUCGGUAAAGUUACCAAAACAAGGCAGAAGGACAGUUCCGCUGAAGCGGAAGGCUGCGCUCAUAUGACAUUUGCUGAAAGGAAAAAGUCUUAUGAAAGAACUCUUUUGGACCAGGCUGUGUUUGAAGAGACAACCAUUCAAGUUCUGACAUGA